CGGUGGGUGUGGGGAAAGAGAGUGUCGAGACGACGACGACGAUGUCGCUGCUGCCGGGCGCGCUCGAGGCUCGACGAGGACGCCAGCGUCUUUCUUAGGCCACGCCACGCGACGCGACGCGACGUACGUGACGCGCUCCCAGCCGCUACUUUGCGUACCAUCUCCGGCGUCGCCGCGCGAGGAAACGGCGGUGGUGUUGAUCGCACCUCGCGUUCCCUCGAGCCCGAUGCGCUCCUUCCUGCGGGACCAUGGCAUCGGUGAAGGUGGCCGUGAGGGUUCGACCCUUCAACAAGAGAGAGGUGGCGAUGAACGACAAGCUGAUCGUGCAGAUGAGCGGCAAGAGGACGCGGAUCUUCAGCACCAAGACACCGGAUAGCUGCAAAGACAUCGACCGGGGGAAGUACAAAGACUUCACGUUCGAUCACUCCUACUGGUCCUUCGAUUCGAACGACGAAAACUAUGCGUCCCAGGAAGAGGUUUUCUACGAUCUUGGUACGGACGUAAUAGAAAGUGCCUUCGAGGGCUACAAUGCCUGCGUUUUUGCCUAUGGCCAGACAGGAUCCGGGAAGACCUUCACAAUGAUGGGCACGCCGGAAUCUCAGGGAUUGAUACCACGGAUUUGCAAGACGCUUUUCGCCAGAAUGGCAGCUGGAAAGGAAAGCGGGGCGUCGUACAGAACGGAAGUAUCAUUCCUGGAAAUCUAUAACGAAAGAGUGAGAGAUCUGCUUAGGCUGGACCAAAGCCAAUCCCAUUCGUUGAGGGUACGAGAACACCCCACGGGAGGGCCCUACGUCCAAGAUCUAUCGUGUCAUCUCGUCUACGAUUAUUCGGACAUUCAGGAAUGCAUGGUGAGAGGUAAUACGCACAGAACUACGGCGAGCACAAAGAUGAACGACGUGAGUAGCAGGAGUCACGCGAUUUUUACGAUAACCUUCGUUCAAGCCGGCCUCUCAGAGGGCAACAUGCCGUCGGAGACUGUUUCCAAGGUGCACCUGGUCGACUUGGCCGGAAGUGAACGUGCUAACGCGUCGGGAGCGACGGGUCAACGGCUGAAGGAAGGCGCGCACAUCAACAAGUCGCUGGUGACUUUGGGCACUGUGAUAUCCACGCUCUCCGAGCUCAGUUCUGCCAGCGGCGACGCGUCCGCCACGAAACGUACGUUUAUCCCUUAUCGCGACAGCGUGCUCACGUGGCUGCUGAAGGAUUCCCUCGGCGGCAAUUCCAAGACUAUCAUGAUAGCGACUAUCAGCCCGGCGGAAUGCAAUUACAACGACACUCUCAGUACACUUAGAUACGCCAAUCGCGCGAAAAACAUUAUCAACAAGCCGACCAUCAACGAAGACGCGAAUGUGAAGCUCAUCAGAGAGCUCAGAGCGGAGAUAGAGAAGCUGAAGUCUCUCAUCGACAAAAAUAUGAGCGUGGAGAAACCGCCGCAAGUGCUGUUGGCUCAAAUCCAAGAGAAGCAAGAGCAGGAGAAGGUACUGACCGAGGAAUGGACCGAAAAGUGGCGAGAGACGCAACAGAUUCUGCAAGAGCAAAAAGCGCUGGGAUUACGCAAGAGCGGGGUCGGUGUCGUUCUAGACUCGGAAAUGCCGCAUCUAGUCGGCAUCGACGACGAUUUGCUCAGUACCGGCGUGACAUUGUAUCAUCUGAAAGAGGGAAAAACGCUUGUCGGCACGGAGGAAGCUCCCGUUGUUCAGGAUAUCGUAUUGACCGGUGCGGACGUGGAGCUGGAACACUGCGUCGUCGAGCUGGAUAGCGGCGUGGCGACGCUGCAUCCGCUCUCGCCCCACUGCUGGAUCAAUACCGCCCAGGUGGACAAGCCGACGAGAUUAUCGCAAGGCUGUAUCAUUCUCCUGGGUAGGAACAACAUGUUCCGGUACAACGACCCGGCCGAGGCGGCCAAGCUGCGAAAGGAGGGCGGCUCGGGUAACGGCAAUCUACAAUCAACGGUUGUCAAUCUGUCGAGAUUAUCGCUACUAAGUUGGAGCGUUUCCGAUCUACACGCGUCCUGCUCCAGCGACAAUCUCCUGAACUCGAGCGAGGACCUCAGGGCGGUCGAGGAACUGGAGCAGCAGAAGGCCGCGCUUCUGAAGGAGAAGGAAGACUUCAAGAGAGAACAAGAGGAGCGCGAGGAGAGAUGGGCCGCUCGAAGGGAAGCGCUGGAGGGAGCGCAACGCGAGCUGGAGCGCGAAUGGGGCGCUCAGUGGAAAGAGUGGGCGGACGCGAUCGCGGUCCUGGAGUCGCGUCAGCGCGAGCUGCGCGCACGCCGGCAUGUCCUGGAGCAAGAGCGGCGGGACGAAAUGACGCAAGUAGAAAGUAUAUGUAGGGAAGUCGCCUAUCUGCGCACAUUAUUGCAGUCCAAGCAUCGACAAUUGCAAGAGCUCGUCAACAGUCAGGAGCGUGCGCAAACCUGCCAGCGUCAGGAAAAGACGGAUAACGGUGUCGGCAGUGACGACAGCCUGCCCGAAUCCUGGUCCAGUCUCAACGACGAAAAGUGUAUUGACAGCGUCAGGCAACUGGUGAAUCAUCACAAGAAAGAGCUAGCCGCUUUGGAGAACGAGCUGCAGAACAAGGUCAAAUCUCUGAACGAACAUCAGAGUAAGGUGGAUAAGAUGGAGGAGGAGCUGACGGAGAUCGCGAAGAGGCAGAAGCAGAUAUUCAGGGCGGAGCUGGGGGACGACGGAGUGACGGAGAAGAAGCUGCUGCUGGCCAAGCGGACUCAGGAGCAGCUCGAAGAGAUCGAACGGCGCAAGCAGAGCCUGUCGUUGGACCUGAAGCGCGCCACGCCCGCGUUUCUGGACGACGGUUGUUCGUCGAACGACUGCGACGACGCGGCCUUCAGCUGCGACUCCAGGUCGUUCCAGGAUGCGAACAGCAGGAAACACCGAGUCGCCGCGGACUUGAAUUUGCUGCCGCAGAGUAUACCGAGCUCCGACACCGCGGAGACGUUUCACACGGCGGCGGCCGAUUCGCCGGAGCUUCGCAUAGCCUUCGAGGACGCCGACACGAUGUGUAUAAGCGAUCUGAUGAGGAAUCGAUCCGCGAUCGAGAAUCGACGUGACCACGAUGACGGAAGCUCGUCCGAGGUGGACACUAAGAACUCGACGAACGCGAACGGAGCCGCUUCCAUGGAGCUGAGCUUCGACGAGGAGGGGAAGGUGCAACCGCCCGCGGUGUCCGCCAUCGCGGAGAACAUGCUCCCGGAGGACACGGUGGAGUCGCCGAUACAGCAGAAUCCGGCGAUGAAGCGGCUGAACCAGAGAAUCGCGCGUCAGCGGAUGAUGGUGAUGAGAUGCCUGGACGCCGGCACCCCGUCGAAGGAGGAUCUCAAUCAGCAGAUAAUGAUACUGCAGGAUCUGCAGAGACAGCAGAUCGAGUUGGAAGUGUCUCUGCUGGAGGACGAGCGGAAGAAUUUCACGAGGCGGCUCGAGUGCGACGGCGACAGCGACAGACUCGUCGGCGACGGAAUCGAGGACUAUAUGCAGAACGAACCAAAUGCUUACUGUAGUGUCGUAGAGCCUACGAAUAACAGCUCCGCCAUUCUGUUGACGGUAGCGCAAACCAGAUCUCAACUUUUCAGGAACAACAGGCCUAAUACUAACGAUCAAGAGACUCUGUCGGAAUCGUUAGCGUCUAAAAGAUCCUCCGGUCGGGGUUACUCGACAGUUUACUUGACGAGUCAGAAUCGCGGCGAUCGCUUGAGCAGUCCGUACUCCUUGACGAUCACGAGGUCCCUGCCGUCGUUAAUAGCGAACGACAACGACUGCGUGAUCAACAUGAUCGUCAGCGUGCCGUCGUACGUGAUACGGGGAGCCGGCGCGUCCAGCCAUUACGAGUACGAGGUGCGAGUUGUGGCGCAGGACGACAGCUGGACGCUGCUACGUAGAUACAGGAGAUUCCGGGAAUUGUAUAUAUCGAUGCGACAGAAGUACGGUAGCAAGGUCGCGGCGAUACGCUUCCCCCCACGCCAGGUCUUUCCGAAGUACGAAGUCGUGGCGAGGCAACGUCGGAAACGCCUCGAGGAAUAUCUUCGCCGAUUAAUUCAAGUUUGCUCGGAACUGCCGCACUGCACACCACUAUACAAAUACAACGGCAAUCUUAGCAACAUAAAUAAGCAAUCCCUACUGGAAUUCAGUCCGUUUUUCAGGCGCGGUAUGUUCGAGAGCGGCAAAUACGGAACUAGCUAAGGUACUAUUCAUGCGAUCCUCAACCUUUUCGAAUGCCGGAGAAACGAGUGAGAGAAGUGAACAUUACAGAUGUUUACAAUUCAUCGUAUUUUUGUCAUUUUCUUUUUUUUUUCCUAUUUAUAAAAAUGCAGUAGCUGUAGCGAAAGAGAUUGAGUAAAUUGGGUGGCAACGGCGUUCAUGCAGAAUGAGUCCCGUAACAUUUGUCGCAACGCAUUCCUUGAAUUAUAUCCACACAUAUCAAUUCCACGAAGAAUCAUAUAAAGAUGAGACUAAAAAAUAUUCCGUAACUUUUAUUGAUACUUUUAAUAAAAAGUGCUACGAAUGCUUUAUAUUAUGAACAUUUAUAUCAAUCAAUCGAAUUGCAAGAUGUUAAGUGAUUCGUUCUGCUUUGUAGCUCGUUACAAAAAAAUAUAUGCUUCCAGAAGUUUAGCGAUCGUAAGACUGGUUUGUAGAAGAUGAGAGCGCGCUCUUCACUGAUACUGUCUCGUGCGCGCCGAUAAAUUUGCGUGGAGACAUUAAAGUGAGAAAGCGUGGAUAUAUUCUUUAUGAGAGAGAGAGAGAGAGAGAGAAGAUCGCGCGGAUUGGCGAGGCGAAACAUAUCGCGUCAUAGCGAUUUAUUUUCUCCUUUUACAGAUAUUUUCCUAAUGUCUUUCCAAUAGAAAAAGAAUCUCCCAGUAGAAUUCACGAAGUGUACCUUCCUUCGAUAUAGUCAAAUCAUGGUAGUCGAUAUCAUUCCGGUUACGUUUCACUAGGACAAACGUACGUAUUAUUGUAAAUUACGAAGCGGCGAGAGAGCGAAUUCGCGUCAGGAAGCCGGUGUGACCAUAACUUCGCAUAGUUUACUCGAUAGCCUGAAGAGUAUUUAUUUUGUGCGUCGAACAGUGUUUUGUAUGCGCGAUCCCACGUAGCGAAUCGACUAGCGAAUUGAAACAACUUCCCAUUAGCGUAUAAUAAUUAUCGGCUUGUAAAAACGUAGCAAUGUGUGUUACGUAGCAAGCGAGAAAAGAUAUCAUAUCUUUGUUAAGGUACUUCCGUUCCCGGGAAUCUAUCUCUGGCUGUGUUAAUAAAAACUUUUACCACUACUUCAGGUACGUGUUCUAGAGAUCCAAAUAAGAAAAGAAAUUCAUACAAACAAGUGUUCAGAAAUGUAAAGAUUUUUAAAAAAUCAAUAUUUUUUUCACAUUCUUUUCUAAACUUAUGAUAUGAACAAAAUAAAAAUU